AUGGCCGGCCGGUGCCCGCGAAGCCCUCGGGUGUUUCUUCCAUUCCUUUACCCGUCGCUUUUCCCUCUCAAUGGGAUCUCCCGCCCGGCCCUGGCGGCCGGUGUCAAGGGCACGCGACGCAACAUGAACACCAGCACAACGAGCCCCGAGCCAUCGGCACCUUCGGACGACUUGCGGUCCCGAUUAAACCCCGACCCCGACGAUUACUCCAUGACCAAUUUCUCCGACAAGGCGAAGUUGAGCUUGUACCCUGGCCCGGGCGGCCACGGAUGCAUCUCGUUUCUACGCGAGGCCUUCGUGCCGGAUGGACCUCCCAACGGCGGCGAUGGUGGGCACGGUGGCAAUAUUUACAUCCAAGCGGUCCACGGCGAGACAUCACUACACAAGUUGGCGCGGAAAAAAUUUGUACGAGCAGGGAGGGGCAAAAGCGGUAUGGGCAGUGCCAGGAGCGGCCAGCGAGGCGAGGACGUCGUUAUUCCCGUUCCCGUGGGAACGGUCGUAAGGGAGAUCAGCCGGGACGACCCAGAAGCUGAAUCUCGCUUCUUGUCGAGAAGGGAGCGGAAGAGACGGUCGAGGGAAUCACAACCGGUAGAGGCGGAGGUGGAUGAGGAAGGAGAACCAGUAGGGGACCCUAACCUUCACAAAUGGGUGCUUUAUAACGGCAUGUCGUCCUCGGACAGGAAACGGAUGGAUCUUCCACCGCUACCGAGCCGCGACCGCCUAUUUAGACAACCUGCAGCACCCAUCCUCUUGGAUCUAUCACGCCCUACUCCACAACCAAUAUUACUUGCAGUGGGCGGACUAGGCGGGCUAGGAAACCCCCAUUUCGCCUCCAAAAAUACUCCGAAGCCUCUGUUUGCAACCCGAGGAGAAGCAGCCCUGACAUUAGAGAUCGAGCUGGAGCUUAAACUGCUCGCUGACGUUGGCUUAGUCGGCCUGCCUAAUGCAGGGAAAAGCACACUUCUCCGCUCUAUUAGCAACAGCCGCACUCGCGUUGGUGACUGGGCCUUCACCACCCUGCAGCCCAACAUUGGCACCGUCGUGCUCGACAACAACAAGGGCCGUCCAAUGCUCACGAGCUACCGCAAAGUUGCACAUUCCUCAUACGGCCGGAGCGACCCGUUUGGCCGGCCCUCCGACACCCAGCCGGAGGUCGAGCGCCGCACGCGGUUCACCAUCGCCGACAUCCCCGGUCUUAUCGAGGGAGCGCACCUCGAUAAAGGCCUCGGCGUUGCCUUUCUCCGGCACGUCGAGCGCGCCGGUGUGCUCGCUUUUGUUUUGGACCUUAGCGCGGGCAAUGCUGUGGCUGCCCUCAAGUCGCUGUGGAACGAGGUCGGCUUGUAUGCCCAUAUGCGGGAGGAGGAGGAGCGUGAGCGGAAGCGCCAGGCUGCGAUUGACUGGAGUGCCAGUGCCGGAACCGACGCCGAGGACAGCGCAUUUUGGCCAAGCACCAUGUCGACCGAUUUGGAUGCACCGGCGGGAGUGGGGCAAGGCGGGUUGCAUAUCGCGGGCAAGCCGUGGUUUGUAGUGGCCACCAAGGGCGACCUACCGGAUACACAAGAGAACUUUAGGGAACUGAGGGACUACCUUGCUGCGAUCAGCCGGGGCGAGGAGCCACACCCCAGCGGCACGGAAGGCGCCUGGACCCGCGAUUGUGCUGCCAUUCCCGUCAGUGCUAUCAACGGUCAUGGAGUAGAUCGAGUAGUGCACUGGGCUGUUGGGCUGUUGGAUGGAUAA